AUGCUCCUCGCAGCGCCCACGCGGCUCAACUUUAUCGUCGUUGGACUCGUCAUUACCACCUUCAUCCUCUUCUAUAGCUCCUUUCGAUCUCCUCGCCACGAACAGGAAGAUGGCUUUGAUUUUGCAGCGGGAGACGCUAUCCCCACCCUCCUCGAGGCCUCCCUAGCACAACCCCCUGCCAGGACCACCCAUGUCGCCGAGGCCAGCCACCAUGUCCAAUCUGAUGAUUUUGUGUCUCGAGUGCAGAACGAGACGCUGGGUUUUCAAGAGGUAUACAUGAUUUCGUUGCCCGGAAGGACGGACAAGCAAGAUGCGUUUGCCAUGCAGGCAGCCUUCUCCGAAAUCAACUACAAACAGGUUGAUGGGGUAUAUGGCCACGAGGUUCCCGUGAAGGCGCUACCUCAUACUAUGGGCCAAAGCGCCACCGUCAUCGGGUGUUGGCGUGCACAUGUGAAUGUCUUCCAGAGAAUGGUGCACGAAAAGGUCUCGUCGGCGUUGAUUUUCGAGGAUGACGCCGAUUGGGAUGUCUCGCUGAAAGAGCAGCUGGUCCAGUUUGCCCGAGGCUCGAGAUUUAUAACCAAUACGUCCGACGAUGCGUUCUCCCAUUCUCCAUACGGGCAUGAUUGGGAUAUAUUGUGGAUCGGACACUGCGGCACCUGGGUUUUCCCCGCAGACAACCGUCGAUUCUUCGUCAUUCCAGAUGACUUCACCGUCCAACCCCCCGAAGCCCGCGCCGACAAUGUUGACCAGCCCGAUAUGAGUCGCUGGGAAAGCGGUCCGCACGGCAACAAUCGCACGAGGAUAGUUUUCCACUCGGAAGGAGGGGUCUGUACGGCCGCCUACGCCAUUUCCCAGAAAGGCGCGCGGAAGGCUCUCUAUUAUCUUUCAAUGGUACCAUACAAUAGCCCGGUUGACUGGGGUUUGGCCAAUCUCUGCAAGAACAAAGAGUACGACUUCACCUGCAUAUCACCGUGGCCCCAACUCGUCGGGGUCUCUCGACCGACGGCGAACACUGCCAAAUGGAGCGACAUCGGCUACGGUCCAGACUCGGAGAGAGUGGUGGAGCAAGGCAGCUCACUGCACCUGGUCUAUCCCACCCGGCAGAACAUCCCCAACUUUCUCCACGGCAAGACGAUCUUCCACAGUCAGUAUCCCGACAUCGCACCACCGAUGAGUAUCAAGGAGAUCGGAAAGGCCGUCGGUCACAUUGAAAUCCUGGAACCUCAGCAUGUACCCGAACAGGGAUGA